AUGCUCAGUACGAGAUGCAACCGACACGACCCCGCAAACAAAGCGUCCAAGACAGUCCGCAACCCCUUCUUCCAAGCACUCGACCCCGCGGUCUGCUAUCCUCAGACACCUCCAGAGAGCAGCUCGGAUUCGGGCGAAGAACUCAGACCUUCUCCACUUGGAAGGACCGAAAUGGGAAGUUUUGUGUUUAGAUGGUCACACCCAGCAUCUGACGUACACGUUACAGGCACCUUCGACGACUGGUCAAAGAGCGUGGAACUCGAGAAGAAAGACGGGAUAUUCGAGAAGAAAGUCGAUUUGCCCUCAGCGGAUCAAAAAAUCUACUACAAGUUUGUCGUUGACGGCAACUGGACCACAGAUCAUACUGCGCCUCAAGAAACAGACGAGUCGAGCAACAUCAACAACGUCCUCUUACCUGAACAUAUCUCGAAAGCCGGUGCGAUGUCAGGCGUCGAGGGAGCGACCAUCUCUGGCGUUGGUCCUGACUCCACAACAGCGCAAUUAGCAGGGAAAGUACCGAAAGAGCCAGGACAUGAGAAGACAACAUCGACAGCAUCAGAUGUCCCCGGAGGCUUCCCCGAAACUCCAUUUCAUGAUGCGCAAGAGUUCUCCGUCAAUCCGAUUCCCGCCUCAUCUGGUACUGGCAAUCCAGUAAACCUGAAGCCAGGCGAAAAGGUGCCAGAUUCAGCCAGGUUUACAACUCAAGAUGCUACGAAGGCAGAUACACUAGAUAAAGAGUCGUACGAGAAAGCGGGAUCUGGCAUCACAUCAGAGGGAACAGGAGGGACAAUGGGUGGAGUAUUCGGUGUCCCACCAGUCGGAGGCAACAUGAUCCCAGAGUCAAGCCUACCCAUGGGGGCAGGCGCUCCAUCAGACACAAGUGCAGGUCCUACAAUACAAUCAGCUGGUGCAGGCACAUCGACCGCGGCCCUUGCAGCAGACGUACCGAGAGAGCCCCGAGGUGUCGCCCAGGUUGUCGACGACAAUGCAGGUACUCCAAUCGCCCCAGCGGUACCAGAUGUAGUUCAAGAAUCGAUUGCAGAUUCCAAGACUGCGCCAGAGGCCGCUGGCAAUACAGAAGCCGUUAAGGAAAAGGCUGCUGUCGAGAGCGAGCUACUGAAGGAUGUCAAGCCAAGCGAAGCGACAGGUGAACCAGCACCAGCUACGUCUGCUGCUGUCGCAGACACUGCCCCCGCAGCCACCGGCACAGAUUCGCAAGUCACGACGAAAGAUGCUCCAGCAGAGACGCCAGCUGUACAGAAUGCUACGACACAAGCUGUGAAGGAAAACGAGCCCGAUUCAAGAGACGUUUCACCCCUGAGUCCGCGCACGACGGAGAAGCCUACAGUCACCACAGGAGUCGCCUCAAGCAAGGCGCCGGAGACCUCUACUCCGAAACCCUCCGCACCUGAGAGCCCGGUCAGCAAAUCCAGCGCUGGUGGCGGUACACCAACAGACAAGAAGGGGAGACGAGGCAGCGGGUUCUUUGGGAAAUUGAAAGACAAGCUCAAGCAUAAAGAUAAAUAG